GGGAAUAAAUUUAAGGGAAAAGAUCAAAAGAGAUUAUGGUGAAAGAAGCAGGGAGAAAGUGCUCUCAUUGUGGACACAAUGGCCAUAAUUCGAGAACUUGUUAUGUUCACAAUUCGAGAUGUUGUAACGGAAAAGGAGGGUGUGUCAAGCUUUUCGGUGUUAAGAUAGGUGCAAUGGAUCAAAAGCGAGAGAAUGUAAUGAAGAAAAGUUUUAGCAUGGGAAAUCUGCAAUCUCAUGCAGAAAACAACAACGAUGAUGAUGGGUAUUUUUCAGAUGGCCAGAUUCAGUCUAAGAAACACAAAGCCUCCCAUGAAAGAAAAAGAGGGAAGCCAUGGACUGAAGAGGAGCAUAGAACCUUCUUGGCAGGUUUGAGAAAGCUGGGGAAAGGUGACUGGAGAGGAAUUUCAAAGAGUUUCGUUCCCACUAGGACCCCAACGCAAGUUGCAAGCCAUGCACAAAAGUAUUUUCUCAGGCAGGCUGGGACUGAUAAGAAGAAACGCAGACCAAGCCUUUUUGACAUGGAAUUUCAAGAAUCCGGAUCCAGUGCAAGUCCUUCGGAUUCCCCAUCAGAAGAAACCAGUAGAAGUUCACCUCAGACAUCCAAACCAUUUCCACAUCAUUGCUUGGAUGAUCGUCCAAUCAGAUCCUUAACUGAAUCUCAUAGUUUUCCCACAUAUUAUUAUCUCGGGACUACUCAACCCACGGCACCAGAAGCGAAACUGAUGGCGUAUUUACCAUUUAUGCAUGCAAAUACAAUGAAUCAUGCAGCACCACGUUACAUAAACACUAAAGCCCUUGUAAAUGUAGCUGCUCAUCCCUCUGGUAUCCCUUCCCCAAGGUCAGUUCACCACAGCAUGUUUCGAGCUGGCCCUAGUGCCGCUUCCACUGAAAAAGAUGUUUUGGAGCUUAAGAUCGGCCCCCCUCAAUCACCUAAAAAUGCUACGACAAGUCUUCCAUCUCACGCAUCAAUUAGGGUGAUUUGAAUAAAGUAAAACAAGAAAGAAAUGGUCAUUUUGGCACCAAGCUGAUGGGCAGAAUUAGAACUAAAUUCACCCAACAUUCUU